GAACUUCCGGCGCUUAGACGGAAGCGGAAGUAUUGAGUGGGAGGAGCGGCAUGUAUGGGGGGAAAGAGCCGGUUAAGGAAAUGGCACAUACGACGUUGACCGUUACAGUUCUCUAUUGCUUGUUCCUGUAUUGCUCCGCCGCAACUGCAGAUUCAAAGGCAGUGACAACAUCGCUUACCACGAAAUGGCCUUCUACGUCAUUGUUACUAGAAGCCAGUGAAUAUUUAGCAGACGAAGGAGAGGAUAAGUUCUGGAGCUUUGUUGAAGAAAACCUGCAGGUAGAUGACCAAGGAAAUGAUUAUUCAAAAUAUGAACUGACGCUGAACAGAGCUAGCAAACAUCUCUCGCCGUUACAGCAGAGCCUGCUGAAGUUUGCCUUGUCUCUGCGAUCCUACUCAGCUACUGUACAGACCUUCCAACAGAUUGCUGCUGACGAGCCUCCGCCAUUGGGCUGUAGUGCUUUUAUCUCCAUUCAUGGAGUGAAGUCGUGUGAUCUGGAUAGCUUGCCUUCACUUCUCAAGACUGCUACAGAGAGGCCCAAACCAUUCUUGUUCAAAGGAGAUCACAGGUACCAUAGUAAAGCCUCUGACAGCCCUGUGGUUAUACUUUAUGCUGAAAUUGGCGCAAAGGACUUCUCCAGGUUCCACCUCCUGCUUUCGGAAAAGGCCCAAGCUGGAGAGAUCAACUAUGUCCUCCGCCACUAUGUCGCGAAUCCCGGGGCUGAGAAAGUUUUCCUUUCUGGUUAUGGUGUGGAAUUGGCAAUUAAGAGCACCGAAUACAAAGCAAAGGAUGAUACUCAGGUGAAAGGAAAUGAUGUAAACGCCACUGUGGUUGGCGAGAAUGAUCCGCUUGAUGAAGUACAAGGAUUUCUCUUUGGGAAGCUCAGACAGAUAUAUCCAGAGCUAAAAGAACAGCUGAAAGAAUUGAGAAAGCAUUUAGUAGAAAGUACCAAUGAAAUGUCACCCUUGAAAGUUUGGGAACUGCAAGAUCUCAGUUUCCAAACUGCUGCCCGUAUCCUGGCGGCUCCUUCUUCAGAAGCUCUAUUGGUUUUGAAAGAUUUGAGUCAGAAUUUUCCAACGAAGGCCAGAUCAUUAACAAGAACAGCAGUGGAUGCAGCGCUUCGCCGAGAAGUGGAGGAAAACCAGAAGUAUUUCAAAGGUUCCUUGGGUAUACAGCCAGGAGACUCUGCCUUAUUCAUCAAUGGAUUACACAUUGAUCUAGAAAGUCAGGAUAUAUUCAGUUUGUUUGAUAUAUUGCGCAAUGAAGCUCGGGUGAUGGAAGGUCUUCAUCGAUUAGGGAUAGAAGGUCCUGCCCUGCACAACGUUCUCAAGCUCAAUGUUCAACCCUCAAAUUCAGACUAUGCUGUGGAUAUCCGUAAUCCUGCCAUAAUAUGGGUGAAUAAUUUGGAGAUCGACAGUAGAUAUAACUCAUGGCCAUCAAGCGUUCAGGAACUGCUCCGUCCCACAUUUCCUGGAGUAAUUCGACAGAUCCGCAAAAACUUUCACAACUUUGUUAUCAUUGUUGAUCCUGUACACGAAUCCACACCGGAGUUAAUAAAUGUAGCCGAAAUGUUUCUUAGCAAUCAUAUUCCUAUCAGGCUUGGCUUGGUGUUUGUUGUGAACGACUCUGAAGAAGUGGAUGGUUUACAAGAUGCUGGAGUAGCCCUAAUAAGAGCUUUCAACUAUGUGGCUGAUGAAACUGACAAUUAUCAAGCGUUCCAGACAGUCAUCUCGAUCUACAAUAAGGUUCGUGCUGGGGAUAAGCUGACGGUGAAACACGUUACUGGCGUUCUAGAGGAGAAGUAUCCCUACAUUGAGAUAAGCAGUAUUUUGGGUCUGGACUCUGCAUAUGACCAGUUUAGAAAGGAAGGGAAGGAGUACUUUCUGCAGACAGGACUGUCCCCGCUACCAGUAGUAUUGUUUAACGGAAUGCCAUUUCCAAAAGACCAGCUGGAACCUGAUGAACUAGAGACGGCAACGAUGCAUAAAAUUCUCGAGACCACUAGCUUUUUCCAAAAGGCUGUAUAUUUGGGGGAAGUAACAAAUGAGCAUGAUGUUGUUGAUCACGUCAUGAGUCAGCCCAACGUUGUUUCCAGAAUUAACAUGCGAAUUCUGGAACCAGAGAGACACUACCUGGAUUUUACAGCUAUUAAUAACUAUUUUGUGGAUGAUUAUGCCAGAUUCAGUGUUUUGGAUUCCAGUGCCAAGACUGCAGCAGUAGCCAACAGUAUGAACUACCUGACAAAGAAAGGAAUGUCCUCCAGGGAGAUUUAUGACGAUUCUUUUGUGAGACCAGUCACAUUCUGGAUUGUGGGUGAUUUUGAUAAGCCAUCAGGACGUCAGCUUUUAUAUGAUGCAAUUAAACAUCAGAAAUCCAGCAACAAUGUACGGAUUGGGAUGAUCAAUAACCCCAGCCAGGAUCCAUCAUUUGAGACCACUCAUAUCGGAAGGGCCAUCUGGGCUGCUCUCCAGACUCAAAGCUCCAAUAAUGCCAAGAACUUCAUUACCAAGAUUAUUAAAGAAGAAAAUGCCAAAGCUCUCGAAGCUGGACUGGACAUAGCGGAAUUAGCUGUAGGGGGUAUGGAUGUCAGCCUGUUCCGAGAAGCAUAUGAAUCUCCCAAAGUUGAUUUCAUAUUAUCUCAUGCUGCAUAUUGUCGUGAUAUUUUAAAACUGAACAAAGGAGAAAGGGCCAUUAUUGGCAAUGGUAGGAUUAUUGGACCAUUAGUUGACAGUGAAGUAUUUAAUCAGGAAGACUUCCACCUUCUGGAGAAUCUGAUUCUCAAAACCUCGGCACAGAAGAUCAAAUCGCACAUCCAGCUUCUCGGAGUGGAAGAAGAUCUUGCUAGUGAUUUGGUCAUGAGAGUGGACUCUCUGCUUUCCUCCCAACCAAAAGGAGAAGGAAGAACAGAAUACCAGUUACCUGAAGACCUGCACAGUGCUAUUAAGAUAAGACCCAAAGAAGGAAUGACCUAUUUUGAAAUUGUUGCUGUAGUGGACCCCGUUACGAAAGGAGCACAGAGACUGGCCCCACUCCUCUUGGUUUUGAGUCAAAUUUUGAAUAUGAAUUUGCGUGUGUUCAUGAACUGUCAGUCCAAGCUGUCAGAUAUGCCUUUGAAGAGCUUUUACAGAUAUGUUUUGGAGCCAGAGAUUUUGUUUACUCCAGAAAAGAAAUUGGCACCUGGUCCAAUUGCUGUAUUCUUAGACAUGCCCCAGUCACCUCUAUUCACUCUGAACCUCAACACACCAGACAGUUGGAUGGUGGAAUCGGUGCGCUCACCAUACGACUUGGAUAAUAUCUACUUGGCCGAGGUGGACAGUGUUGUAACAGGUGAAUUUGAGUUGGAGUACCUGCUCUUAGAAGGCCAUUGUUUUGAUGUCUCAACCGGUCAACCUCCCCGAGGGCUUCAGUUCACUUUGGGGACGCCCACCAAUCCUGUGGUUGUGGAUACAAUUGUCAUGGCGAACUUGGGUUACUUCCAAUUGAAAGCCUAUCCUGGUGCAUGGGUCCUUCGCCUCCGGAAAGGCCGGUCAGAAGAGAUUUACAAUAUAUACAGCCACGAAGGAACAGAUUCUACUCCGGACGCCUCCGAGGUGGUAGUUGUUCUACAUGAUUUUCGUAGCAAAAUUAUUAAAGUCAAAGUCCAGAAAAAGCCUGAUAAAUUGGAGGAAGAUCUUCUGAGUGACGGGACCAGCGAGAAUGAAUCUGGCUUCUGGGAAUCAAUCUCAUGGGGGCUUACUGGAGGACAGAAAGCGGAAGAGGUAAAACAAGAUAAAGAGGAUGUGCUUAAUAUCUUUUCCUUGGCUUCGGGACACCUUUAUGAGCGAUUUCUUAGAAUAAUGAUGUUAACUGUUUUGAAAAACACACAGACACCAGUGAAGUUCUGGUUUUUGAAGAAUUAUUUGUCUCCUACUUUUAAGAACUUUAUCCCUUACAUGGCCAAGAAGUAUAACUUCCAGUAUGAGCUGGUUCAAUAUAAAUGGCCUCGCUGGCUACACCAACAAACAGAGAAACAGAGGAUAAUUUGGGGAUACAAAAUCCUCUUCUUGGAUGUACUUUUCCCUCUAGCUGUGGAUAAAAUAAUUUUUGUUGAUGCAGACCAGAUUGUGCGAACAGAUCUCAAGGAGUUGCGGGAUUUUAAUUUGGAUGGUGCGCCUUACGGUUAUACCCCAUUUUGUGACAGUAGAAGGGAGAUGGAUGGUUACCGCUUCUGGAGAUCUGGAUACUGGGCCAGUCACUUGGCAGGAAGGAAAUACCAUAUCAGUGCCUUGUAUGUUGUUGAUUUAAAGAAGUUCAGGAAAAUCGCUGCUGGGGACAGACUUCGAGGACAGUACCAGGGGCUGAGCCAGGAUCCUAACAGCCUUUCCAAUCUCGACCAGGACCUACCAAACAACAUGAUCCACCAGGUGCCCAUUAAAUCACUCCCACAGGAAUGGCUCUGGUGUGAGACGUGGUGUGAUGAAGCAACGAAGAAGAGAGCCAAAACCAUUGACUUGUGUAACAACCCAAUGACCAAAGAACCUAAACUAGAGGCAGCAGUACGCAUUGUCCCUGAAUGGAAGGAUUAUGAUCAAGAAAUCAAAAAAUUGUACAGCCAAUUCCAUGGGUCGACUACAGAUAUUCCAGUUGAUGGAUCUGAUGGCUGGGCACAGCAAGACACACAAGAUCCCAAAUCACAUUUGGAAUUAUGAUCUUCGAAGUCUUUGGGAAACUGGACUUGUUUUUUUUUUUUUUUUUAUAAGAAAUCAUUGUUUUGGAAAUUACCUGUUUUUCCCAAUUUUCCGGGAUGUCUGAAAAACUGCUGAAUGGUGUGGGUAAAAGGGGUAUUUAUACUUUUGGGGUGUGAUUGAGGUUUUUUAGCAAUUAUCAUCCUUCAGGUGCUGUGAAACAAAGGCCAUAUGUGUUGUAUAAUGCACAGUGUCCAGUUUUUCUGUGGACAUACAGUGGGCAAACAACUGUAUUCUGAGAUGGGUCUGUGUUCUCGACACAUUGAAAUAUGAAACCAAAACAGCAUUUUCUCGAGAAUAUCCUCUUCUUGCUUGUUUUUGCAGAUAGUGCUGGUGUUUAUCAGAACUGACAUAUGUUUAUCAGAUUCUGAAUCCAUAACAGGCCUGUAAUGUGUAGCAUUGGUCUGCAGAAAGUUGUGGCUGAACCCUUCUACAUUUGGUUUUAACCCCUGGGUUUUGGCCCAAAUUUAGAUCACCAUACUAUUUUAGUGAGUCCCAAUGAUUGGAACAAACAUAUUGUAGAAUUCCAGGCCCUGGACAUUUGCACAUACAUAGUUUACUGUAGUAGUAUGACUACCCCAGGACAUUUUUAGUUUAAAACGAUACUAGAGACACCAAAACAACUUUAGCUUAGUAAAUCAGUUUUGAUGUAUAGAUCAUGGCCCUGUAGUCUGCUCAUUUUUCUGCCAUUUAGUAGUUAUAUCACUUUGUUUAUACAGCCCUAGUCACACCUCCCUGCAUGUGACAUGCUCAGCCUUCCUAAACACUUCCUUUAUUGAACAGUUUGUUAAAUCUAGAAUGUAUUUUCCCCUGCUUUAAUAGCCUUCUAGAUCCUGUCGCAGCCUCCUGUGUGUGAGAAAAUUUAAAUUUACAGAGCAGGGGAUAAAAACGUCUAAAGCAAGUUAACAUCUUGAACCAUUUUUUUCAUGCAGACUGUGUGAGUCAUGGCCAGUGGAGGUGUGGGUAGAGCUACAUAAACAGAAGCAAACGUGAUUUCACUCCUAAAUUGAGACUUCAGGUGCAUGAUUUAUACACCCAAACUGCUUCAUUAAGCAAAAUUUGUCUUGAUUGUAUCUGCCACAUUAAAUCCAUGCACAUAAUUUGAGAUGUCGAAAAAAAAAAAAAAGUUAAGAACCUCUGUCUAAUACGCAAGAGAAAAGUAAUGAAUAUGCCUAAUUGUAUUCACACCACAUGUUUACUUAAAUCUGCAUGCUCCAGAAAUACCUUCAAGAAUAAUUCUAUACUAUGAGAAUCCUUAUGUGCUUUUUCAUAUACUUGAACUGUUUGUCAUCUGUUUGUGUUUUUUAUUUUUUUAAAUAAUGGUUCUGCAGCCGGUCCCAGCCAUUUAAAGACAUUUGAACCACCAACACUGUUUAAAAUAGACCAAUCAUUCACAAAUAUGUGGCUUUUUCAGACAUUUAAAUGCAGUCUAAACCCUAUGCUAGGGCCAUGCUAAGGUAUAGAUUUAAUGUUAUACUUAAUAAAGGUUUGCUUCCGUGAAAUGCACAGGCAAUACACAGUUCUGACAUAUUAAUCCCAGAAUGCUCUGUUCACAUCUUACUGGCAUAGCAGUAACUCACACCUUUACACAGACAUGUGUAGCACUCAAGUCUGUUAUGCAUGACUGGUUCACCAACCAUGGUAUUCCUAUGGCCCAGGAUUCCCACUUGGAAAUUGGAAACUGUUGGUGUUGAGGAUGGGAUUGGAAACUAGUGACUUAGAACAGAGGUUCUUAACUUUUUUUGCCAAGGCCCAAAUGACAUGCAUAGCAUUAACUUGGGGACAUUUAUUUUAAGUUUACAAUCUUUUCAGUGAUCCAUUUAUAUGUUUUAUAAAGUACAAAUACAUAUAACGGGACAAAAUAAUACAUUUCUAGAAAACACCUGAAUUAGACUCUUCCCAGUGUCUAAGUGGAUCCCGCUGUAUUGGAAGAGGCAAUCCUUUUAGUACGGGCUGCAAAACAAAAGUCCAAGGACCCAAUUCUAUGGAUAUUGAUUCACGGAAACUUUACAGAUCAUGUCAGUAAAAUACAAUUUUGAAAAAUUGGCAGAUUAAAAUACAUUGUAAUUUU